CACGACCCGACCCCGGAUUAGCGGAUGAUAAUGGAUGGAUGGAUGUUAUCACAGGCGUCAUCUAAACUAACUACGCGUGACGUCAGCAGCCCCGCCCUCUUGUUGCCUGUCGCCGUAGCAACGUGUCAACACUAGAUGUACCGGGUCCCGGUUCAGGCUCCGGAUGCAAGCCGAGACACCUGAGCGCGUGAGCAUGAGACGGUACUUCACCCCCGCGGAGGUGGCCGCUCACAACACCGCGGCCGACCUGUGGCUCUCGUUCCUGGGCAGAGUGUGCGACCUCACCCCGCUGAUGGAGCAACACGCAGGUGGCGCUCUGCUGUUACCCAUCAUGGAGUUUGCAGGACAGGAUAUCAGCAGCUGGUUCGACCCUGAAACCAAAGACGUCCAGAAACACGUAGAUCCACUGACUUCCUGUGUGAGGUACUACACCCCCAGGGGGCGCUUCGUGCACAUCCCCCCCGCCGGCCCACGAUCCAACUGGGCCACUGACAUCGGCCCACCUUGGUGGAAGGACGAGCGCUACGAGGUGGGGCUGCUGUCCAUCAAGACGAGGUGGAUACGAGUCAUCAACACACUGACGUCACAGGAGCAGCGACUGCAGGUGAACUGUCCACACAUCUCACCUGUCCAGGUACCCCUCACCUGUCCAGGUGCCCCUCACCUGUAUAUGUGUCCCUCACUUGUCCGGGUACCCCUCACCUGUCCAGGUACCCCUGACCUGUUUAAGUACCCUCACUUGGCCGGUUACCCCAUACCUGUUUAUGUACCCUCACCUGUCUAUGUACCCUCACCUGUUUAUGUACCCAUUACAUUACCCCUCACUUGUCCGGGUACCCCUGACCUGUUUAAGUACCCUCACUUGGCCGGUUACCCCUCACCUGUUUAUGUACCCUCACCUGUAUAUGUGUCCCUCACUUGUCCGGGUACCCCUCACCUUUCCAGGUACUCCUGACCUGUUUAAGUACCCUCACUUGGCCGGUUACCCCUAACCUGUCUAUGUACCCUCACC